ACUGCCGAAUUAGCAUCGUGCCGAGGCACAACUUUGCCGAGGCCCAGCGAGAUCCAGGCGCGCGCGCCGGAGGAAAUAUAGUCCCUGCCGGCGGGCGGCUGGCGCGGGCGGCGGCGGGGCGCGCGCGCGGGGCUGCGCGGGGCUCCCGGCGCCGGGGGGCCAUGCGCCGGGCCGCGCUGGCAGCCCGGGGACCCCGCGCAACUUGCCCCGCAGCCUGAGGAGUUGGGGCGGCCGUGGGCUCGGUGCCGCGGCGACCGGCCGCCUUUCUUCCCUCUCGCCCGUCCCCCUCCCUUUCGGCCGUGGAGGAGGGGGCUCCCGUCCCCCCUCCUCCGAGGCCCGGUCCACCCCCGCCGGAUCCCGCGCCCCCAGCUGUUCCGCACAACUUCCCGGGAUCGGGGGCCAAAGUGAGCGCAAAGUGCCACCCAAGUUGCCGGGAUGGAGCUGCAGAGCCGGCCCGAGGCGCUCUCCGUGGAACUCGCGCGCCACCAGAACGGCGACCUCAAGAAGCAGCUCCACGAAAGGCAGCCGCGGAUCGCAACGCUCAGUGACAAACAAGCUUUGGGAACCAUCACUGCAGUGCCUGUCUCGGGUCCUCAGGUCAGCUCCCUGCAGAGGUUGGCGGGGCAGGGAGCGGCAGUGCUACCUCAGGUUAGGCCAAAGACUCUGAUUCCAGACAGCCUCCCCGUCACCCCGGGCAGGGACCGGCCACCCAAGCAGCCCCCAACAUUCCAGAAGGCCACUGUGGUCAGCAUCAAGAACCCUAGCCCAGCCCUCCCCACCGCCAACAACACCGUCAGCCAUGUGCCAACGCCCGGCGGCCAGCCCCAGGCCCUCGCCGAGCCCACUGCCAUCGCCUCGCCCCUGAGCAGCGCCGGGGUGGCCUAUGCCAUCAUCUCCACCUCCCCCAGCAAUGCUGCCGCCAUCGCCCCCAGCACCGCCGUGCCCGUGGUCAGCGAGAGCCUCCAGGUGCAGCCCCUCCUCAUCAGUGCCGACAGCAAGGUCAUUAUUAUUCAGCCUCAAGUGCAGUCGCAGCCGGAGAGCUCGGCAGAGCCGCGGCCGCCCACAGAGGAGCCAUCUCAGGGAGCUCAGGCCACCAGGAAGAAGAAGGAGGACCCGCCCCCCAGCCAGGAGAGCCCCGAGAAAGUCGCCUUCAUGGUAGCCCUGGGCCUGGUCACCACGGAGCACCUGGAAGAAAUCCAGAGCAAGCGGCAGGAGCGGAAGAGGAGGAGCACGGCCAACCCCGCCUACAGCGGCCUCCUGGAGACCGAGAGGAAGCGACUGGCCUCCAGCUAUCUCAACAACCCCCUGUUCCUCACAGCGCGAGCCAAUGAGGAGCCCUGCUGGAAGAGCGAGAUCACCCAGGAUGAGCACUGUGCCAUCUGCAAGCGAGGGGCCAGCCUGCAGCCCUGUGGCACCUGCCCGGGGGCCUACCACCUCAGCUGCCUGGAUCCGCCCCUCAAGACGGCACCCAAGGGCGUGUGGGUGUGCCCCAGGUGCCAGCAGAAGGCCUUAAAGAAAGACGAGGGUGUGCCCUGGACCGGGAUGCUGGCCAUUGUGCACUCCUACGUCACCCACAAGACAGUGAAAGAAGAGGAGAAGCAGAAGCUGCUGCGGCGGGGCGGCGAGCUGCAGAGCGAGCGCCAGCAGCUGGAGGAGCGCGACCGGCAGCUGGCGUCAGCGGUGAAGAAGUGCUUGGAACUCAAGACCAGCCUGCUGGCCCGCCAGAGGGGCACCCAGUCAUCGCUGGACCGCCUCCGGGCCCUCCUGAGACUGAUACAGGGCGAGCAGAGGCUCCAGGUUGCCAUGGCAGCCACCAGCCCCACCCCGCUGCUGGCCGGGCCCUGGACCAAGCCCCCAGCAGCCACCAUGCGCUCCACCCUUCAGCACCCCCAGGGCCACAACUGACCCUAGGGACCUGCCUUCAGCCCAUGGAAAGUCAUUGGGACCCUGCUCACACGACCUGGGGGUUCUGUCGGCCUUAAUUCAUAAACACUGAAUUUCAGACAAAAAUAAAACCAGACAGAAAGACCACGGAGAGAAGGGAG